UUGACAGUUGAGCCGCUUAGCGCCUCAUUAAUGACACAGCGCUCAGAAACAACAGAACCUGUGAGCUAAACCCAACAAACCUCCGGAUUUAUGGACGUUUCGGGAUUUUAAUCGAUCUGUGGGAAACGUUUCUGUAUUUUUAGCUACUUGGAGCAACAGAUAGAGAGAGCACAGAGAAGCUUCCCCUGCAGGCCAGCAGAAGCUCAAUGAGCCCAGACACAGAGGUUGACUCUGGACCGGCGGAGCUGGGGGAUGCCUCCAGGUUCUCCCAUCAGAAGCCAGCAUCCACCUCACAUUGAACCGGACAAUGGUUUAGCUGCCUGACAGCCAGUCAACAUGAUGGCCUCGGUGGUUGUCGGUGGCAACCGGAAGAAGUCCCUCACGUUGAGAGGGGUGGACCCAGAGACCUGCAUGAUUGUGUUUAAGAACCACUGGAUGCAGGUGGCGAAGAUUCUGGAGAAACAUGAGCCGAGUCGCAGCACCUCCAGAGCGCUUAGCUUUCUCUCAGGUCACCAUGACAACAGCAGCAACAGCUCUAGAACGUUCCGCCUGGGUCCGAUCCCUGCCGAUGAGGCCAGCGCGGUGCAGAACUAUGUGGAGCACAUGCUGUUUCUACUGAUGGAGGAAGAGGCGGGGCAAGGAGGAGCCAUGGGUCCCAUCCUGGAGUUUGUGGUUCUGGAGGGUGUGAUGGAGAGGCUGUUUCUGUGGAGCCUGAGGAGGCAGUUCACUGAAGACAUGAAGCUGGAGCAGCUCAGGAUGUACCAGAUGCUGUUAUCUCAGGCCAAACAGCCUCUGCUGCACCACAAACCGGUUCUACGGCCGCUCAUGAUGCUGCUCACCUCCUGUGCUGGAGCCGCUACUGACACCGGCGGUGUGGUGGAGGCAGAGCUGAUCCAGCUGCUGCACCAGCUUUGUGUGGCUCUGGUCAAAGAUCCUUCUGUGCUGGAACUGUUUUUCCACACCAGUCAGGACCAGGGAGCAGCCAACUUCCUGCUCUUCUCCCUGCUUAUACCAUAUACACACAGACAGGGCCUGGUGGGCCAAGAGGCCCGAGAUGCUCUGCUGCUCAUCAUGUCUCUGUCGGCCUCGGAGCCUCGAGUUGCACAGCACAUCGCGGAGAACACGUACUUCUGUCCUGUCCUGGCCACAGGUCUGUCUGGUCUGUACUCGUCUCUUCCAGCCAGGCUGCAGGUUUAUAGUGAAGACUGGCACUGUCUGGAGCCUGCAGACUGGCAGCAGGUUCCAGCUCUUGUUCAUUUCCUGCACUCGCUGGACUUCUGCAGUGCUGUUACCAAGGUGGCCCAUCCUUCCAUUCGCUCCCAGUUGUUGAGUUACAUCUACAACGGCUUCCUCGUUCCUGUUCUCGCUCCUGCUCUACACAAGCUGACCGUGGAGGAGGUGAUGACCACCACUGCGUACCUGGACCUGUUCCUGCGCUCCAUCUCUGAGCCCGCACUCCUGCAGACCUUCCUGUCCUUCAUUCUGCUGCAUCACCAUGACAACGUUCACAUCCUGGACACGCUGGUCAGCAGGGUCAACACGCCUUUCCAGUUAGGAACCGCGUCUCUGGCUCUGUUCAGAACUCUUAUUGGACUCUUCUGUGAAGACGUUAUGCUGCAGCUGGUGUUCAGGUAUCUGAUUCCCUGUAACCACCUGAGCAGGAAGCAGCGCUGCUCCUUGAAGCAGAGAGACUGUUACUCCUCCAACGCCGCCUCCUUCCUGCUUCUCAUGCCCUCCUGGUGCCCGGUGUACCUCAACAGCACACAUUCACUCUCAGAGCACAUCCACUGGCCUAAAGGAGGAGAUCUGUCGGUUUCAGACAGUGUUGGUUACUGCCGAGGUUCAGACUUCCUGAUGGACGUGAACUACAUCCAUUACCUCUUGGACGCCCGCCAGGCGAUCUCCAUCUCCUACAGAGCCUGCAGAUUUUGGUCGGCGGCAUAUGAUGGCUUCGGCCCCCCACCUCAGGAGUACCGAUCCGACACCCCAGGAGAUGAUAUAGAAGACGAGGAGGAAUUCAUACAACGAUUGAAGAGUGACUCUAUUUGCUCUUUGGUUGUCCUUCGCCCCCCCUCAACUCUCUCCCCCACACCGUCAUCCCCAGAUACCGUCUCCACUAGCAACCAGGCAGGCAGGGCCAUCUCUGCCAUGGAGUUGGAGUGGGACGACAUUUUUGGAGAGGAGGAUCUCGCUUCCUCGUCAGCCAUCUUUACUUUAGCAAAUGGAUAUGUGGAGUCGGAAGGAUGUAGGUUUUCACCCGUACCUCCACUGCCGCUGCCCCCUCGGCACAUCCAGGAAAUGCGACUUACCGCAACCAAACUGGUGCGUGGUGCGUACGUAGAGGAAUCCGAGUUUCAGGACGACGUUAUCGUCUAUGAUCUCGUUGCUCAAAAGGACACUAGGACGGGCCUGUUUGAGCGGAUCAAGGCAUCAAACCGGCAAUCACGUGAAAACCUCUCAAAAACCCGGCGGGGGUCCACAGCACCGACAAUAUCAACGGUGUUGACACCGACAGGGAAGACGGUGAUGCAGACGGUUAACAACAUCAUGUCAACACGGAGGAGGAGCGAGGAUGGAGGGAAAGAGGAAAGAAGGAAGAGUGAAAAUUAUGGCAGAUCAGCGAGGAGGAAAAGUGAGGGAUUUGGCAAUGGAACCAAAGAAAAAGAAGAUGGAGCGCCGUAUAUUGUCUUCAAUGGUUUUGAUACAAAGAAUCACAUCAUCUGUGAGUUUGAUGAUUCUGAUCAAGAAACUGAGUUUUUUAAGCCAAACCACCACCAUGAUGACGUCCAAACUUGUUACAACCACACAACACAUGACAAGCAGAAACAUCCUCAAACAGAGCUCACUACAUCUUUGGAGACAAAUUAUUUAACAAAUGACCACUUAGAACCAGAGUCCCUUUGUUUUUUGACAACAAACACCCAAGACUCAGUUCCUCCUGAUAACCGAAUCACCAAGAAUGACUUCCUGUCCCAAUACUACGAGCUCAUGCUCUCUUUAGGGGUGGAGCCUGACAGCGACGACAUCACAGACGACAUUGGUACAUUCAGGAGGCGAGUCCGAGCCCUGAGGCAAAAACUAGCAGAGGAGGAGGAGCCGCCCAUCUCUGACUUUGGUUUCAGCUCCUCGUGGGAUGAGGCAGAGCAGGAAGGAGAGGUGGAAGCCAUCGAAGCAGAGGAGAUGGAGGAAAAGAAAGGCAGCAGGAGACAAGUUCCAUUUACAGGUCCCUUCAUCAGUGUCCUGUUGUCCCGACUGGAGAACCUUCUGGAAAACUCCAUAGCCGUCAACCUGCUGGUGACGGGCAUCCUGGCCCAGCUCGCGUCGUACCCUCAGCCUCUGCUGAGAUCCUUCCUCCUCAGCACGGAAACAGACGACGUGCACAGCGUUCGGACGUUAUACCAGGUGCUGGUGUCGGUGCAUGCUCAGAUCGAGCGCUACGUGGAGGACAGACCUGAAUAUCACGCUCUGGUCACUCAGGCUUGGAGGUUCUUGUUGGCUAAAGACCAGGAUGGCAAGUUUAGAGAGGCGCUCCAUUCUCAGGGCGGGGACAUCAUCCUGGAUCCAUCUCUACCUAACGGCUCGGUAAAGAACGCCCUGCCUUUGCCUCCCCUCAGUGUCUUACCCCCCUGCCCCUCCAUUCCCCCUCAAGCCAAGAGCCGAGUGUUCGCCAUCAUUCUGUAUGCUGAGUUCCUGAAGGAGCUGGCAGCCAUCGCCCAGGAGCACAGCAUCGCACUGGACCGUUGUUCAGAGGAAUAAUGCUUUCAUCUCCUGGGAAAAAGUGCCGACCCGGUUAUGAAACUCUGCACUGAAGGCCACAAAGGACCCUCUAAAAGCCCAUCGAAGAUCAUCAGUAAUCAUUAGAAGAAGACUUGAGCUCUAAACAUUCAUCACAAAUCAACCUGUGGAUUUAUGCAACUUAUGCGGACAAUUUAAAAAGAUUUUACUUUAAAUUAUUCUUUUCUUGCCUGACAGACCUUGAAAAUGUUUGCCCAUGUGAAAAUAGAUUAUAUUUAUGAAAUGUCUGGAAGGAGAUUAUUUUGAAGUUUAUUGACAUAAAAUGUUUUAUCAA